AUCAGCAAACUUGCUGAGGGUGGCCACUAUCUGCUCGUCAAGGUCAUUGAUGAUGUUGAACAAGACCGGACCCAGCACAGUGGGACUCCACAAAAGUCCUGGUUCUUUUCUUCAAAUGAAGAAAACUAAUGCCUGCUGGACAAUUUGAGGAGCUGCCUCUGGCCAUUUGUUGUUAGUUACUUCACUCCUGGUCAGGCUAUAGCCAUCUCCAACAUCUGUAACCCAAUGAAUGCAUGGGCAAUCAUGCAACCAAGACUAAGUGCAAGUGAGAUAUUUAUGUCCAAAUCAGGAAGUGAUUUUAGUCCAUUUUUAAUGUCAAUACACGAUCAGAUCCAAUCAAAAGAAAAUGCUUGAUUUAACCUCUGGUUUUACAUGAUUUACGGAUACUGAGCUCUUGUCUGUGAUGUGACCAUUUACAGAGACACUAGCAAUGUCCAGCCAAACAAUAUUCUAGAUGAAAUGCAGCAUUGUUGCUUUCACGUUCACUUAUGGAAGGUUUUGAUCUUCCCAACCAGAGAGAGAUGACUGCCAGCAAGUCGUCAACUCCCUUUUCUCAGAAAGAGUUUGAAGCCCUGGCACUGCUGGAACACCUACAAGUGCAGCUUAUAGAAACAGAAAUCCGUGCUCAGAAUGCAGAGCAGAGAUCUGAAGAUUUUGAGAAGAAGCUGGAAGAAGCCCUAGAGAGAAUCCAGGAGCUAGAGAGUGAGCUGGAGAAAAGGGGCAAAGUUGUCCCAGAACCAACACCUAAAGAAGGGCAAGAAAAAUGUUUACAAGAAAGCUUGCCUGAAGGGGAAGCCUGCUCAACUCCCAAAACUUCCACCUCUGGCCAGCCCAAGCAAUACCAGAAAAAGCAAAAAAUAAAAAAUAACAAUACCUGAGCAGUUUCUUGGUGACUAUUCA